AUGGAGCAUUGUCCGUCGGCUCUUACCCGCCUUCCAAGAUGCGACUCUGAGUGCUCUCGUGGGAACAAGCGUAGAAUCCCGGGACUUUGGAACUUCGGGCAUUCGACGUGCACGGAUCCUCGAGAAGAGAUCACCUUCAAUCACUCGCUGUAUGCGCUCACGUGCAAGCACACCAAAUUCCGAACACAGAGUGUUGGGCGACCAACAACGACGGAAAACGGGGAAUAUUACAUGCAAACACCUCUGGAUGAAGGUUGGUCAAUGGCACGAUUGACAGGCUUUAAUAAACGCCCGCGAGAACGUUACAGACAUCUGAAGCGUCUGCACCUGGUAUUAUUUCACAAACGGAAUGUCCUUGAAUGCCAGGUUUUGGGUCAAGGUGUCGCGUUACGCGGGGUGGCGGGAACUGAGCUGCUGGACAUCACCGGCAUCAACGCUCCAGACAACUUUUUGGCGGUGUUAGGUUGGACGUCCUUCUUCAUGCCAAACAUGCCACGAUUGAUGUUGGGCGUGAAUAAAUAUGUGUGCUUCAGCACAUUCAGGUUCGUUCUUGGGAAUAAGGAUACGGAGAACGACCCAAAUCUGCAUCACAGGCCUCCUGUGUGGGUGAUCACGUGCCCGAACCCGAACGACAUGAUGAUCAGGCGUCCCGGUCUGCUCUGGACGCCAGCCAGAUGCCUCUGGAAAGGCCCAAUUUGUAAAGAUGACAAGACUAUCACCGGGGUCCGGCUCCUGCUAUGUGACGACCAGAAGGCUCACCCCUUGUUGCCAGAAGAGGAUCCGGAUUUGCAACGAGUGCGAGAUCGAGAUCUAGAACUGUUCAACUACAACGAUAUUGAAAGAUAA